GGCAGGCUCCGCGCCGACGGGAUGGGCUCGCCGGAGCCCCGCGCCCCGCUGGCCGCCCAGGACGACGACGACGCGGCCGAGCCGGAGCCGGAGCAGGAGGGCGGCGACGGCGAGCGGCGCAUCGACAAGUUCGGCUUCCUGGUGGCCGACGGGCACGACGCGGGCGACCCGCCGGAGGCGCCGGUGGAAGAGGUGCCGUUAGAGGUGCUGAGGCAGAGGGAGUCAAAAUGGCUGGACAUGCUCAACAACUGGGACAAGUGGAUGGCGAAAAAACACAAAAAGAUCCGGCUGAGGUGCCAGAAAGGGAUUCCACCUUCGCUGCGCGGCCGGGCUUGGCAGUACCUCUCGGGCGGCAAAGUCAAGCUGGAACAGAAUGCUGGGAGGUUUGAUGAGCUGGACGUGGCCCCGGGGGAGCCCAAGUGGCUGGACGUGAUUGAGCGAGAUCUCCACCGGCAGUUUCCAUUCCAUGAAAUGUUUGCUUCUCGGGGAGGCCACGGGCAGCAAGAUUUAUUCCGGGUCCUGAAAGCUUAUACGCUGUAUCGGCCAGAGGAAGGGUAUUGCCAAGCCCAGGCCCCGAUUGCUGCUGUGCUGCUGAUGCACAUGCCUGCCGAGCAAGCGUUCUGGUGCCUAGUGCAGAUCUGUGAGAAAUACCUUCCUGGCUACUACAGCGAGAAGCUGGAGGCCAUUCAGCUGGAUGGCGAGAUUCUCUUCUCGCUGCUGCACAAAGUCUCCCCGCAGGCGUACAAGCAUCUCAGCAAGCAGAAGAUCGACCCCAUCCUGUACAUGACAGAGUGGUUCAUGUGCGCCUUCUCCAGGACCCUGCCCUGGAGUUCCGUGCUGCGGGUCUGGGACAUGUUCUUCUGCGAAGGAGUCAAGAUCAUCUUCCGGGUAGGCCUGGUGCUUCUGAAAUACACUCUGGGUUCUUCCGAGAAGCUCAGAUCCUGCCAAGGGCAAUACGAGACGAUGGAACGGCUGAGGGCCCUGAACCCCAAGAUCAUGCAAGAGACAUUCCUUGUGCAGGAGAUCAUAGAGUUGCCAGUGACAGAGCGUCACAUCGAGCGGGAACACCUGAUCCAGCUGAAGAAAUGGAAGGAGACCCACGGGGAGCUGCAGUGCAAGUCCCCUCCCCGCUUCCACGGCGCCAAGGCUAUCCGGGACUCCGAGCCCUACUCCCACAAAGCCUUGGAGCCCUCGCCCUCCAUCAUUCUGCCCCCCGGCACGGCCCUCUCCCCCAAGGGCCGCAAGAUCAAGUUGCAGAAGGGCCCCCCCAAAGGGCCACUCAUCAGGGGCCACCAAGCCAAUGGUCCCAUCCCUGAAGAAAAUGGAUCUCAGACUCUGCUGGAGCCCGACUCCUCCCUUCUCCACCAGUCCAAGGAGAGCCUCAGCUCCCGGGAGAGUGAGGACACAUACCUGUAAAUGGGGGGGGGGGGCUGCACUUUCCAGACCACCUCCCUCCCAGUCCUCAGGCCAGACUGUACCAGUGACUCCCUGGGUAGGAAAGUGGUAGCUGGGAUUGUAAGGAGGGGCAGAAAGAUUUGUCGGGGGGCAGUGGGUGGCCAAGGGAAGGCGUCCCAGAUGCCUUUGGCACCCCCAGUUGGGAAGGCUGAGGCCAAGAGUGCCCCUGCUGUCCUCCUUAUGGUGGGGGGGGAGGUGUUUCUGAGGCUGGGAGGCAGUGGGGCGGCCCUCCUUGCCUUUAGGGAAAGUUUGAUUGGCCAGAACCAUACAGGUAUAGAAACGCGGGAGAGGGGUGUGGCUACCUGUUCACCGUUAAAUUGCAGGUGUGGUUUGGCUCAGCCUAACACCACCAGCACAUCUUCUGAUAGGAAUGCAUGGAGGUCAUCCCCCUAACUCCAACCCUGCCCUUCUCUCCCUCGGUGGACAGAAGGGCAGAGGCGCAUUGAUUUCUUGGCCGGAAGGGCUUGUACCCGCCUUCCAUGCAUGCAGUUGCCUUUGCUCUCGGAUCUUACAUUCCAGUCUCAAUCAGAGGAGCAGCCGGGCUUCUCUCUCAGAUGCUACCUCUCUCAGCCCCUUCGCUACGCCGGUGACCUCCAAAAGCGUAAGGCUACCACUGGCUCUGUCACGCCAAGCCUGUGACGGGCAUUGAGGUCUGUCUGGAAGUCCCUGGGGAAGGGCGCCCAAGGCACCUGUUUCUCCUGCUGAGGUUCUCCAGAUGAAUGAUCGCGUGUCCCAUGGGGGACCCUAAGUUGAGGGAACGGCGUUCAGUGGAGGCAAUAAUUCCAUGUGUGUUCUGUCUUCAUAGGAACAAUUUGACUUGGCUGCUGUUCUUCCUCCUCCUGUCUGCACGGCCCCCUGGGACCGUUUCCUCUAGCAGAAGGGGAGUCCAAGACAUUAAUGUUUCUACUCUUGCUGAUAAAAGUCAGAGAGUUAGAAAGAAAUGCUAUCCAGCUAGUCUUGCUGUCUUGACCGAAUUCCCAUAGGCUGUAUGUACCAGAAAUGCUGGAUUCCCCAACCCAAUUCUGGACCAGAAGGAACUCCGGCAGAAAUCCGAUGCCUGUAUUCUCUUGCAAGUGGCUUGGAUUCCAGCCUGUCUUCUUGCGUUCCAGGGCUGUGAUUUUCUCUUCAAAGAGCAAUCCAUUUCCAGGACACUAAAAUCCCCUGUUUUGCCCGUCUUUAGCAAAGCGGCCACAGAUAGAGUUGGGUCUUGUUUUUGCCAGCAUUGGCAAAGUUAAAACCGAGCUGCUCCUGCUCCGAGUGGCCUAGCCUCUGGCGCCAUCUCUCCAUUGUGUUAAGGCCCCUCCCUGAAACGAUGGGUUCAGGCAUGCAAAAUGCUACCCCCCUGUCCGUUUUUUUAGCCUGUUGCCGGCUGAGCUUCAGCCUUUUGUAUUUCCAAGGCAACAGUAAACUGACGCUUCCAUCCUUGCACAAAGCAAAGUUGGAGUGGGGGGAGCUUCUUAUGUAGGAAGUGCAAGAAGAGGCUUCCCCCCCACCUGCCCCCCCCUUUUGUGGCAUAAACUUGGUUUGUUGGGGGAGGCACAAAGGAAUACUUGCCGUUGUCUUUUCUGUUGGCAAAAAUUGAAGUGUGUAUCUGGGGAAGGGCACGGGGCGGGGGGACACGGUUCUGCCCUUCCUCCUCCUGUGCCAGGUUAUGGCUGACGGUGGGUUUUGCAUAUGUGGAUUUUUUUUUUUUAAAUCAAUCGCUGAAACUGUUUUGUACAAAAGGUGAAAUAAACCAGAAUUAUGUAAA